AUGAAGAUGGACAGAAAGGAACCAGCCACACUGCUAGCUCUUGCUAUACAGAGUCUACUGAGUAAUGACUCUGCAGCAAUUCAUGCCCUUGGGGAAAUCCCAAGAGAACUUUUUAUCCCAUUGUUCACUGCUGCCUUCAAGGGUGGGCAUAAGAAGACACUGACAGAAAUGGUGAAGACUUGGCCAUUUUUCUGUCUCCAUAUUGGAAAUUUAAGUGUGCAGAAGCCACAUGGAGAACUCUUGAAAGCCAUGGUUGAUGGUCUUCAGAUCCUUCCUGCCAAGAACUGUGAUUCUCGGAGGCCUAAACUGAGGAUCCUAGAUUUAAGACAAGACACUGACUGCAGGACCACAUGCCCUGCAAUUAGUACCAAGUCUCCUGUCUGUUUGUAUUCUUGUGUUAAUGCUAAACAAUCUAUGCUAAAAAUAGAAUCUAUCAAUAGUAUUGUAACUUCAGAGUCUGAGACUCAGUCAUCCAGAAAGGCUAUGGAAUUAUUAGUGGACCUUUUCUUUGAUGGCACCUUAAAGGAAAGAGAAUUUAUUUCUUCAAUUGUAAAUAAAAUCAAGCAGAGCUUAGGGUUCUUGCACCUCUGCUGUCGAGAUUUGCAAAUUGAUACAUUUUAUGACUGUGAAGACAUUCUGAGCAUUCUGGAUCUGGUGUGCAUUGAUAACCUUGCAAUUGAGCAGGCUUCUCUGAGUGAAGUCACUACACUUUUGUCUCGGAUUGUCCAACUAGACAGCCUUAGUCUAACUAAAAUUAGAUUUAGGUCUUUGAAUGGAGACAUCUUCAGGAAUUUUCUCAUGCAUCUUGGGCGAAUGGAUCACCUGAAGGAACUCAACUUGUCUUCAUUCUGUCUCACAAACCAUCUUGAAAAACUACUUAGAGUCCUUCCACCAGAUUUGGAUUUCUUGUAUCUGCCUUUCUGUGAAGUUUCUCCCAGAGACUUCACAUUUUUGUCCCAGUGUCCUCAGACCAGCCAUCUAAAAGUGUUGAAUCUCAGUAAUAACCCAAUGUAUUGGGAGGAUUUUGAGCCUUUUCAAACACUUCUGGAGAACCUCUCAGGUACUUUGAGACAUCUAGAGAUAAAUAAUUGUCUGUUAACAGAUUCUACAAUGCUUGUUUUCCUCCCAGCCCUAAGCCACUGUUCCAAACUUCGUCUCCUCAGCUUUGCCUCUAACCCCAUUACAAUGCCCACACUCAUGACUAUUGUGCAACACUUAAUGUCCUUGAUGGAAUUGAAAUAUGUGAUCUAUCCUAUCCCUGUACAUUGCUAUGAAGGAUGUUAUUCUCAACGCCAGGUAGACCGACAGAAGUUAGGUGAAGUGCAGACACAAUUGAAAAUGAUGCUUCAGCUGGCAGGGAGGGAUGACAUGAGAUGUAUGACAUAUGCUUGGUAA